CUCAGUAGAGAAGAAGAUAACAUUUGAUGAAGGAAGUAAUAGUAAGAAGACAGUAAUAAGUCUAUAAUGUAUUGUAAACACAUAUUCAUUUAACCUGCCAUUACUUUUCAAUCGACAUGGAUUCACCACAAUUUCUCCCCGAGUAACCAAGACCUACAAGAGACGCAUUUGGGUAUGCCGUCUAUACUGACACGGCUAAAUGACUUUAAAGAUGGGAUAUCGAGUGUAAAUUUUUCACCUGUAGAGAAGGAUCACUUGCUUAUAGGCUCUUGGGAUAAUGGCCUGAAACUAGUAGAGACGGCAGAAGAACAGCGUUGUUUACAAAGUUAUUCUCUUUCCAGCCCAAUCCUAACCAGUAGAUAUUUGAAUGCGACGACGGCUUUUGCUGGAAGCCUUGAUGGAUCGGUAAAUUUAAUAGACAUUUCGUCUGGCACUCAUUUAGUCAUUGGCAAACACGAGAAGGGAGUCUCUUGUACGGCUACUAUUCCUGAUAUUGAGUGCCUCGUGACAGGUUCUUGGGAUCAAUCUUUUCAGUUCUGGGAUUCACGGCAAAAAAGGGCCAUAGAUAAAAAGCGUAUUGAAAAAAAGAUUCUAGCUGCUAGUUCUGCUGCAAAUAUUCUUGUCCUUGGAUGCACGGAAAGAGAAAAUUUGGUAUACGAUAUCCGCAAUUUGAAGCUCCCUUUUCAAAGAAGACCUUCGACUUUCAAGUAUAUGACUAGAGACGUCUGCUGUAUUGGUGGCGAAGGGUUUGUGUCUUCAAGUAUAGAAGGACGCACAUCAAUUGAAUAUCUUAAUCCGAGUCCAGAAUGGCAGAUAAAAAACUUUACUUUUAAAUGUCACCGUCAAAUUCAACAACAAUAUGAUAUUGUUUAUCCCGUGAAUGCUCUUACUUUUCACCCUAUUCAUCACACUCUCGCUACAGCAGGCGGCGAUGGGUCUGUGGCUUUUUGGGAUAUCCAAGUACGUAAACGGCUUCGUGUACUUUAUCCGUCAAAGACGAGCGUCUCUAGCAUUUCAUUUAACUUUGAUGGAUCCUUACUUGCUGUGGCUACCUGUGCCCAAGAUGAAGCCAACGGUAGUGUUUACAUUUAUGCUCUAGAAAACGACUUUGCUAUGCCUAAGAGAACUGCUUAACGCUUUUAAUGAAGUUUCAACUCAAUUUAUGGAACUUGGAUUUACUAGUAACGAUUUUUCAAUUCAACUAUUUGGAAGCCUCUCUCAAGUUUGAUUAUAUUGAAAUAACUGUUUUCACUCAGAAAACAGAAUAUAAAUUUGGAAGAAAUAGAAUUUUUUGAAACGUAACUCUUUAUAAUACUUUUUUUUCUUUCUUUCUGCGUUUUUCAAAGAUAUUACUGCGUCAAGCUUGGUAAAAGGGGACUAUGAUAUAUCAUUACUCGAUAAACAGAUGCCCCAAAUAUGUCUAAACAUCUGCCUACGAUACGUCUUGUGAGUGCUGACACACACUUGCUGUUCUAUCUAAUUUGGAUGGAUACAACGUGACAGUACAGAGUAUUUGUUGUGAUACUUUGAUACUAUGAUUGUAAUUAUUGUAGGUUAGUCGCAUCGAGGUACCUCAAUACGAUUUUCUUAAUCCUCAAAGUGUUGAGGAUACUACAAUAUUUGAAGUAUUAAAAGUGCCUUCUUUUUCUCUUUUUUCCCUCUCUUCAUAAUGAUUAUAUCCAAAAAACAUGUAAUGAUAAGUGUUGUACAAUUACUCUGUAAGCAUAUUUUUAGAAAAUAUUACUGUAGCCCUAACUAGUCUUAUAUUGUUUUGGGCAUAAUGAACCUCUGAAGAUACAUUCCACCUCCUUUUCCCUGGCGUUAAUUA